CCCAAAUGGGUUCUAGCAAGCAUAAGGUUACUAGGAGUUCUCUUAAACAAGGUAUGUUCCUACUUCCUAUCAUACAGUAUAUUCUUUUCCUCCUUGUGAAUUUUUUUAGAUGAUUAAUUUAGGCCCAUUAUGGCUGAAGUUAUGGUUGCGGAUCAUAAUUUAGAACUACUUUUAGGCCAAUCACGUGAAUGAAAUUCUCUGAUAUAUGUUUGAAAACCAUUUUCUUUAUCUAUAUAUCUCAGGAACAAGGCUUCAUCUCCCAUUAAGAUCUCAAAACAGAAAACUAUACAUCAUCCUAAUAGAUUAUAAAAGCAAUGGAGUCUCAACAGCUUCAUGUAAUUUUUGUUCCAUUUCCAACUCCUGGCCAUAUGAUUCCCAUGAUAGACACAGCAAGACUAUUUGCCAAACAUGGUGUUAAUGUUACCAUCAUUGCUACUCAUGCUAAUGCUUCAACAUUCCAAAAAUCCAUAGACACCGACUUCAAUUCAGGAUACUCCAUCAAAACUCAACUUAUUCAGUUCCCUUCAGCUGAAGUUGGUCUCCCUGAUGGAGUUGAAAAUGUCAAAGAUGGAACUUCCAGAGAAAUUCUUGGUAAAAUCACUCAAGGAAUAUUGAUGCUUCAAGAUCAAGUUGAGAUUCUGUUACAAGAACUUAAACCAGAUUGUAUAGUCUCUGAUAUGACUUAUCCUUGGACAGUUGAAUCAGCUGAAAAACUAAACAUUCCAAGGAUUUACUUUUACAGUUCAAGCUACUUCUCCAAUUGUGCAAGCUAUUUUGUCAGAAAGUAUAGACCUCAUGAUAGCUUAGUUUCUGAUAUACAGAAAUUUACUAUUCCUUGUAUACCUCAUACCAUUGAGAUGACACCUUUGGAGCUAGCUGAUUGGAUUAGAGUGAAGAAUUCAAUCACAGGCCUUUUUUAUGCAAUGUUUGAAUCAGAGAAAAAAAGCUAUGGAACACUGUACAAUAGUUUUCAUGAACUAGAAAGUGAUUAUGAGAAACUUAGUAAAACUACAAUGGGGAUUAAAUCUUGGAGUAUUGGACCAGUUUCAGCAUGGACUAAUAAGGAAGAUGGAAAAAAGGCUAAUAUGGGACACAUGGAGAAGAACAUUGGAAAAGACCAAGAAUUAAUAAAUUGGCUUAACUCAAAGCCAAAUGAUUCUGUGCUGUAUGUAUGUUUUGGAAGCCUUAAUAGGCUUUUUCAUGCACAGAUUGUAGAAAUAGCUCAUGGACUUGAAAAUUCAGGUCAUAAUUUCAUUUGGGUUGUUAAAGAAAAGGAUAAAGAUGGUGAUGGAGAAGCUUUUCUACAAGAUUUUGAGGAAAGAAUGAAAGAAAGCACGAAGGGAUAUAUCGUAUGGAACUGGGCACCACAACUUCUGAUAUUGGAUCACCCUGCAACGGGAGGGAUUUUGACUCAUUGUGGUUGGAACUCAAUUCUUGAAAGCAUGAAUUCUCGUUUGCCGAUGAUCACAUGGCCGAUGUUUGCUGAGCAAUUUUACAAUGAGAAGUUGCUCGUUGAUGUUUUGAAGAUUGGAGUUUCAGUUGGAUCAAAAGUGAACAAGUUUUGGCUUAACAUUGGUGAAGAGGUAGUAGUGCAAAGGGAUGAUAUAACAAAGGCUGUGGAAAUUUUGAUGGGAAACGGUCUAGAAGGAAAAGCAAUGAGGAUGAGAGCAAGAAGCCUUGGUGGUGCUGCCAAUAGAACUUUAGAGGAAGGUGGGCACUCUUAUAAUAACUUGAUCCAGUUAAUAGAUGAGCUGAAAUCAUUGAAGAUAGCUAGAGGACUUGAAAAAAUCAGAUUAGAGAAUUGAAUUGGUGUAUUAAUUAAUAAUGACAUUGGGUUAAUGCUAUUGCUCUAGGAGUUACAGCUGGUAGGUUUUAUGAAGCUUUUUUAUUUUGUAAUAAAAUGAUCUCAG